AUGGCGCAUAAGGCGGCGUGGGCGCACACAUCGACGCUUGUCCGAGGCACCCACGAGUUCCGCAUCGUCGGUGUCGCCAUCAGAUCCUCCACGAUCACGUCGGGUGACUUCCAUGCCGGCGGCCACACGUGGGCUCUCUCCUGCGGCUUCGACGACGAUGGACACCUCGCGUCCAUCUCCCUCGAGCUCCUCAGCUACCCCGAGGACGACGUCGUCGCCUUGGCCAACAUCAGGAUCGAGGACCCGCUUCGCCGUCGGCCAGCCGCUGUAUGGCGAAGCGAAGGCGCCCACACGUUCCCCUACUGGAACACGGAUAGCGACAACCGGAGCUGGGAGCUGUCCGUGCCCGCCGGUUUCCAUGGCCGGGAGGAGCGCUAUGUAAUUGAUGACUGCCUCACCAUCCACUGCUCCGUCGAUGUCCUCCAGGAGGAAUGUAGGGAGGUGCGUGUCGAGAACAUCGCCACCGUGGGGACACCGCCGGGAAUCUCUAAGGAUCUCGGAAAGCUCUUGCUUCUGGACGAGUCAUCAGAGGUGGGGAGGCCAGACGUGACAUUCGUCGUUGAGGAGGCCGAGAUCCAGGCGCACAAGCUGGUGCUCGCCAUGCGGUCGCCGGUCUUUGCCGCAGAAUUCCGUUGGCAAACUGAGGAGGGCGAGCGUAUAAGGAUCGACGACAUGAGCGCUUCCAUCUUCAGGUCCAUGCUCCGAUUCAUCUACACCGAUGAGCUGCCUAUAAAACGCAGCAACGAUGUGAGCGGCGCUAGCAAAGUAAAAUAUGCAGAAAAGCGUCGCGAGGCAAUGGCACUCGACUUGCUGGUGGCCGCCGAUCGUUACGACUUGGAUAGGUUGCGGCUAAUGUGUGAGAACAUACUCUCUGAGAGCAUUGACGUCGCCUCUGUCAUGCCGAUGUUGAUGGUAGUUCAUGGCAGGCACAGCUGCAGGCAGCUGGAAGCCUCUUGUAUCGAGUAUUUGGUGUCAGAUCCUGACGUUUAUGCCGCUGUGAAAGCGACAGAGGAGUAUAAGGAACUCAAAGAAAGGUGCUCCUCCUUUCUGUUGGAUGUAACCGAGAAAGUAGCCACCGUCAACAUGUUCCCAAACUCAAGAUCCCUCUCUACCUCCUCAAGCAAAAUGCAGCCACAGAAGAGCGCAUCCACACAUUACUCGCGUAUGGUGGUCGAGGGCACGCACGAGUUCAGGAUACCACAGUUUUUUGCUAUGCAGAGAAGUUCUGAAGUUGGGGAAUCAAUCGAUUCCUGCAAGUUUCAGGUCGGCGGUUACGACUGGAUGCUAAGGGUAUACCCAUUGCUGCCACAUGACCACGCAAAAUUAUACAUAUCCAUCUACUUGCACCUAUUGACUAAUCCAAGAGCUGCGAAUAUCAGAACAUCUUUGACGUUCCGGAUUGGUGACCCCAGUGGAAAAUUUCCGCCGACCAAGCUUUCUGUAGAAACCAGCUUUGAUAGUAACACUACAAAAUGUGCGUGUCCGGAGUUCAUCACGUGGGAAUCUGCAAAGUCGCAGUACCUAGCACAUGAUGGAUCCCUUACCAUACGUUGCAACAUUGCCGUCGCCAAGGAUAAGUACACUAGUAUUAGCAAUUCCACCACCAGCAUCAAAGCAACAGUCCCAGUGCCUCCUUCCAACAUCGCCUGGCACCUCGAGCAACUGCUUGUGACCGAGCAGGGGUCAGACAUAACGUUCCUUGUAGAGGAGACCCAGAUCCGCGCUCAUAGCCUCGUGAUCGCCACCAGGUCACCAGUCCUAUAUGAAGCGGUGGCAGCUGCCAGCAAUGGCGACCACGUCAUACAGAUUGACAACAUGAAGGCUGCAACCUUCAAGGUUAUUCUCCAUUUUAUCUACACUGAUGAGCUUCCUCCUAUAGAGGACCUAGUCUCUAAGGAUGCCAAAGAUGUUAGGGUCAUUGCUAGAGACAUUCUCACAGCAGCAUCCCGGUUCUGUCUACAGAGGACCAAGGCCAUGUUCGAGAACAUCCUAGCAGACCUUGUCUCAAAAGAGAAUGUGUUAAGCACAUUAAGGAUUGCACGCCAACACCGCUGCUCAAAGCUUGAGGAUUAUUGUAUCGAGUUCAUCUUGAUGCCACACAUGACCAAGGAUGUGAUGAAAACAAUUGGUUUGGACUAA